GAGAGCAAACAUUUUACAAUUUUUAACCUAUUCUUUCAAAUAAAUCAAUUUACUCUGAAUUUACUUCGGUGUUUAUUUAAAUUAUACAAAAUUGUUUCUACGAUGACUGAUUUACCUGUUUUUACUUCGGAAGUUGCAAAAGCUGUUUUAACUGACGUUCUAACAGCAUUAAAUACUCCAGAAAAUACUAAAAAACUUGCAGAAGCUAAGGAAAAUUCUGGGAAUGAAAUGCUGAAAAUGAUGCAGUUUGUUUUUCCAAUUGUAGUACAAAUUCAAAUGGAUGUUAUUAAGAACUAUGGUUUCUCAGAAGGUCGGGAAGGUACAGUUCAAUUUGUGCAAUUACUCAGAGCUCUAGAAAGGGAAGAUCCUGAGAUAGCACAAUUACAUAGUCAAGUUCGAUCAUAUUUUCUUCCGCCUGUUACUAUAAGUUCUUCAACUGAAGCAUCUCUUUAAGAUAAAAUAAUUUUUAUGUGCAAGCACAUUAUUA